CUUUAAACAGAAUAUGGAAAUGUAAAUAAAUAAAACGCAAUGAAUGUAUAUAGCUAUAAUUUAUUAAUAAAUGUAUCAUGUUUAAAACAUUUGCGAAUAAUUAACAGCCGCUCAUAUUGAUUGAAAUGUAAUUAUGUAAAGUAUUUAAUAGCUAUUGUUAACAAAUACUUUAUGGCUGAACAGCUGCUUAAAGUAUUUGUAAAAUCUACAGUGGCAACUACCGCAGCACUGGAUGAAGCAAUUUGAAACAUACAAAAAUUAUUUAUUGGAAGGCACAGUGACCAUAUGAAAUGAAUAUUAGAACAAAAAACGUUCUGUCCUGCUUAGUUCUCCGGCCAUGGCUAAUAAUGCCAUUUGGCGUGUGGAUUGUUGUGUCCGUCAUAUAUUAUUGGUGGUUAAUAUCGAGGAUAAGUGUACUGGAGUCGCAAAAUAAUGUAUAUAAAACACAGUUGACGUUAUCACAUCAAGCAAUGAAAGAAAUUUCAGUAGAAUAUACUACCACAUAUCAAGUUCCUGUUAUACCAGAUUCUAUAGGCACCUUGUGUGAAACAAUUCAUAUAGCAUUAGUUUGUAUGGGUAAAUGUACGAGACUGAUCACUCCUAUGUUUAAAUCGUUGUUACACAACAGACAGAAUCCGUUACAUUUUCACAUGGUCGUGGAUAAUACUGCAGAGCACACAGUUGCUGUGCUAUUUGAUACUUGGAUGCUACCUGACGUCAAAUACACAUGCUACAACGCGCAGAAUCGGUUGUCCGAGGUCAGAUGGAUCCCCAACAGUCAUUAUUCCGGUGUAUACGCUCUGGUCAAGCUGUUGUUCCCGGAUAUCCUGCCAGAGAACCUGGACCGGAUCAUUGUAUUGGACUCGGACUUGACCUUUCUCAGUGACGUAGCUGAGCUCUGGAGGAUGUUCAGGAACAUGACCAACGAACAGUUUAUAGGUUUGGUGGAAAACGAAAGUAAUUGGUAUUACGACACGGCGAAGCGAUGGCCCGCCCUGGGUAGGGGCUUCAACACCGGCCUGAUGCUGCUGGACUUGAAAAAGAUCAGAACGAACAUAGACUGGACUGAUCUAUGGCAGAACGCCAUUAAGGAGAACAUAGAGUCGCUGAAGCAGACGACCCUCGCCGACCAGGACAUUAUCAAUGCCAUCAUAAAGAAACAUCCUAAUUACGUUUAUAAAAUUGGGUGUCAGUACAAUGUGCAAAUGUCGACGAAGACACUGUCCAAAAAUUGUUAUCGCGAAAAUAAGAAUAAUGUUAAGGUCGUUCAUUGGAACUCUCCAGCGAAGUACAAUAUAAAGAUCAGAGACGCGAACUAUUUCCGUAAUCUAUAUCAGAGCUAUGUUAAUUUUGACGGGAAUCUGUUGAGGGAGAAACUGCAUACGUGCAGUCAGAAUGAAGCGUUGACUAAUAAGAUAAAUUACUCCGAUCUGUGUGUUAGUUUUCGUUCGGCUCAGAACAUUAAGCUGCGUACUCACUUGUACUACAUGGACUACAGCUACAAUAAUAUCGACGACUUCGACGUCACGUUAGUUCUGCAGCUGUCCAUGGACAGACUGCAGUUUCUGGAGAGACUUGUCAAUCAUUGGGAAGGUCCGUUAAGUGCAGCGAUAUAUUUGUCGGACUGUGACGUCACGAAGCUGGAGAGCUUCACGCGGGACUGGUCGGACACGCUAAGCUCCCGGAAGAACAUCGGAUACCACUUAGUAUUCAAACAUGAUUCGGUACAUUACCCUGUGAAUUAUCUCCGUAACGUCGCGCUGGACAAUGUGAACACGCCCUACGUGUUCCUCAUGGACGUCGACUUCGUCCCCAUGGCGGGCCUGUACCAACAUCUCAGGGACGCGAUACGACUCAUAAACCCUUAUCCACAGAAAAAGUGUCUGGUGGUGCCCGCGUUCGAGACGCAGCGGUACCGCGCGUCCGUGCCGCGCGACAAGGCGGCGCUGCUGGCGCGGCUGGCGGCGCGGCACGGCGCCGGGGACGUCGCGCCCUUCCGCACCCGCGAGUGGCCGCGGGGACACCGGGCCACCAACUACACGAGGUGGAUGACCGCCACUGCUCCUUAUGAGGUGGAGUGGGAGUCCGACUACGAGCCCUACCUGGUGGUGCACCGGUCGGUGCCUAAAUACGACACCAGAUUCUCGGGCUUCGGCUGGAACAAGGUGUCGCACAGCGUGGAGCUGCGCGCGACCGGGCACCGCGCGCUCGUGUUGCCGGCCGCCUUCCUCGUGCACACGCCGCACGCGCCCUCGCCCGACAUCACCGCCUUCCGCGCCGACCCGCACUACCGCGUUUGUCUCGCGUUGUUGAAACAAGAAUUCAUGGACGACCUGAGCAGGAAGUAUAACAUGACCCUGGGAGGACCUUCGAAAUCGGACAGUGUGUACCUCGGACAGGCCAAGAGCUUGCUACUAAACCAGGCUAAGGAGUUGCCUUAGGUGACCAGCGAAAAUUCGCGCAUUCGGCUGUGAUCCGUUAAACGCUCAUUGUGGUACCAAAAAUUACGAUAAUCUCAAUCAUAUCGACGCUUGAAAGGCAAACGUGACUAAGCGACAAUAACUGCUUUAUACAUAAAUGAUAAGCAAUAACCAUAUUUGAUGCGCAAAAAAAAUUA